AUGGAGGACGACGGGGGCGACGAUGAAGAUCCCCAUCCUUGGAAAGUAGCUACGGAAGUAAAGUGUAAAGAUAGCCCCGAAGUGGUCAAGUUCAAGCCGGGAACCUCACUGUUAGCUAUCCAAUGCAACGAUGGCUACGUAUAUCUCGUUCAGCCUGAUGGCCCGGAUCGCUGCUUCCUUGUGGCCCCUCCCCAGAAGAAACACGUCACCGCUGACAUGGCAUGGGGCUCAGGGCCUUCUGACGGUCUUCUCUUCGCGUCAUCAGCCUGUCGUGAGGGUGACAGCGGUUUCCACAAGGCCUACGAUAUUGUGAAGAACAAGGUGGUCACAGCCUUCGAUGCGGACAAGCAGGCAUGCAGCUCUCUAACCCUCGAUUCACUUGGUGAAAGGCUCUUCAUAGCUACGGAAGGCCCCGGCCGCACUCCAUCAUACUUCCUCCGACAAUACGACGUGAGGAGCGCUGCGGACCGCAGGGCCGUGCAACAAGUGGAGCUGGAACCCUUCGCCGGCUCGCCAGAUCGUAACUAUACGGAUAUCAACUCCCUUUCCCUAAGUCCUGACGGAAUCUACAUUGCUGUCGGCCGUACCGACAACUGGGUCGACGUGUACGACGCUCGCAUGUUGCAGCGCGGCCCCCUCCAUAAUUACGCGCACGAGGGCGGUGGUCUGCAUAAGUAUAGGGCUGUCAACAUGGGCGAGGGCGGCGCUUCGGAUGAGUACGGGGUCGUCAAGACCCAGUGGGUCGAUAGCUAUCCAUUCGGCUUCGGGCUCGUCUCAGGGGGCGCCGAUGGAUGUGUCCGGCUCUGGGACGCCAAGCUCGCGUCCAGCGACCCCGUCAACGGCCGGAUACUUGCGCAGAGCGACGACCACGUAGCAACCUUCUCCCUGGGCGACAUUUUCCAGGGUGAAGUACCGAUCAUCUUGGGAGAUACGUUUGGGAGAGUAACUCUAUUCGACUUCCCUUCGGGAAGGAACUCGUAA